UAUUGCGCAAGCAAAAUUUGCGUUUGCAAUAAUCAAUUAAUCCAGCCGCAGCUCAUAUCAAUAUCAAAUUGUUAAUUCGCUUGCAAGAAACGUAAUCUUCGGUAACGUAAAUCCUCUUCAAUGAGAAUUGCAACUUUCCUCAAACGAUCUGGCAUGGAACUUUUCAAUUAUAACGUACACCACCCAAACGAGACGUGUGUCAAAAUGACGUCUUUAAACAAUAUCUCAAAGACGUAUGCGUCGGGAUGUCUUGAAGAUGUUGUAAAGACGUCUCACCGACAGCUCCGAGCGAUAACUCGAACAAUUUAAGCUGUCCUUUAGAUGUCACAUAAGACAUCAAUGCUCACGAGGGAAUGCACAAACAAUUUGCCUAUGCGCUCGUGGUAUACGACUCUUUUUCAUACGCGAGUAAAAUACGAGACAAAUAGAACCUUCGUGGAUUGUCACAAUUGCGUGGGCUUAAAUUGCGACUAUCACGUCUGCACUGGGACUAUUUCCUCUCGAUCUCUCUGCGCACGUGCGCGCUCGAUAAUAUGCGAUUGCCGAGUUGGCAAUAACUUGUGCUGAACUUGAUAAAUUACUUUCUCAUUGACGCUAGACCUCCAGAUUGGAGCGGCACAAGUUUGCAGUUUCGUUUCAUCAGACGUUUCCGUUGAACAUUUUUUUCGUCGAGCAUUUCAGUUUGUUCCAUCAGAGUGGGACAACCCGACCCUACUCCAGCCCGGAAGCAACACUUGGUGUUCACGUCUGCAUCGUGCAAAAACGUGACAGUACCGGCAGCAUGUACGCCAUGAAGUACGUACAUAAAAACGAAUGCGCGGAACGGGGCGCCCUGAAGAAUGUGGCGAGGGAGGUGGAGAUCCUGUCGAAGUUGGAGCAUCCCUGCUUGGUGAAUUUAUGGUUCAGCUUCCAAGACGAGGAGGACCUCUUCAUGGUGUCGGAUCUGCUUUUGGGCGGCGACCUGAGGUACCACAUCCAGCAGGAGGUCGUGUUCGGCGAGGAGAGCGUCCUGCUGUUCGUCGCCGAGAUUGCACUGGCGCUCGACUACCUGCAGACCCACCGGAUCAUCCAUCGGGACAUCAAGCCGGACAAUAUUCUGCUGGACGAGGAGGGCCACGCCCAUGUGACAGACUUCAACAUCGCGACUGUACUCGAAGACGGACAGUUGGCGACUUCGAUGUCCGGGACAAAACCGUACAUGGCCCCGGAGAUUUACAUGUGCUCGUGCGAGGAAUACGGCGUCCUCGGCUACGGAUUCGCCGUGGACUGGUGGAGCCUGGGAAUCCUCGCUUGGGAGACCCUAGCCGUGGAGAGACCGUAUCCGCUUCACUCCACGACGUCCAACAGAGAGGCUCUAAGGAUCUUGCAGGAGGAAAGGUCGACACCCUCGCACUGGAGCCCGUCGAUACGCGAUCUCCUGGACCGCCUGUUAACCCUCGCGCCGAGCGCCCGAGUGUCGUGCUUGAAAGAAUUGAAGCAGGCUAGCGCGAUGAGGGAUCUGGACUUCGACAAGGUGCUGAACAAGCAGAUAAAGCCGCGCUUCACGCCGCCGAAGGAUCAUCUGAAUUGCGAUCCCACGUUCGAGCUCGAGGAAAUGAUAAUCGAGACGAAACCCCUGCACAAGAAGAAGAAACGGCUGGCUAAACAGAGGUCGCUGAGGGUCGAGCCGGAGGACGCCGGUGGGUUCGCCGAGGGGGCUGGCUCGAGCGUAGACACGCGGAGAUUAGCUUACAUCCCGGAAUACCGGGUGUACAAUCGCGAGCGUGAGAUCGAGAGACAGGAGAGAGAGCGGAAGGAGAAACAAUGGGAGGAGGAACUGAACACUGCCAUGAAGGGUGCCGAAGAAAGACUCAAAACAAAGCAGCAACAUCUGCCGGCCCAGCGAACCGGAAACCGACUGAGUGUCUCGACGACGAACGUCAAAGCGCGCAUAAGCGCGUCGCCGAGACAAGGUCGCCGAGCGAGCGCCACGGCGUCUUCGGACAUCGACUUCAUCGACGCGAGUCCGGAGCCUAGCACGUCUUAGAUAACGCCGGGCAUUAUAUUUCGACGUAGCCUAUCUGCGACCAGUAGACUCCUUCGAUCCUACGAAAAACGCGCACCGAAGCCCCCGCACUUGACAAGAAAAGGUGUCCCUUUAAAAUUCAAUUAUCUCCCACGUUAAAGUCUAAGACGAGGAAGCGAGAAAUUCCACCGUAGAUGAAGUUUUUAUACUCUUCUUGGAAAGAUACACGACGGAUAUGUAACGCAAUUCGCUCUUAUUUUUCUAUCUGUCGCGAUUACAGCGCGGGGUGAUUUAUCUUUGACAAAGCCCGCCACGUCUCGCUGGAUCCUCUCCCGCAGCGUUUACCUUCGAUUCGUGCUGCGGAAAAGAAGCGGAAGAGACGCGAGUUUUAAGGCCUCCGUACAUCCUUUCAGGUGCUACGACGCAAUCGCGCUUAUCCACGACGGACUCGGGCGUUCAGUUUCUUUGGGAAUUUUACAGAUAGGGUGAUGGCGCGCCGAGAUCAGUUCGCUAACCAUUUUCAUCCACGAUACCCUGAAAUAGAGAGACCCCGCAAUCAGAGACUGGCCAUAAGAGCUCGUCAAAUUCCUGCGAGCGAGCGAGAAACGCAGGCUAUCUCACUCUUCUACGGCCGUAACGAAACGGAAUUUGACGGACUCUUAUGGCCAGUCUCUGAUUAUAGGGUCUCUACCCUGAAAAUGCGGAUAGCAGCUGGAGAUAGCCGCACGUCGUAAGCUCUAUCGGACUCCGGCAGUGCGCACUUAAUCACUGUACCAGGAAACGUGCAUUUAUACGAUUAUCAUCCCGGAUUAUCCCGCGAACUCCGACCAACGGCGGCGCAGGCUUAUUCCCGUAGUAACGAACGGCGGGGAUGAUCUCCUUCGUUCGAGUGGUUGCGAAUGAUUUUUCUUUUUCUUCCGUUGCCUCAGAGACCCGGUUGCGUUAGACGAUCCUUAGAAUUAGCACGCACGUCUUCGACAAGUAUAAUGCAAAUUAAUCCUUUCAGUACAAAUUGCAAAAAUAUCUUAUUACCAUCCCGGAUUAUCCCGCGAACUCCGACCAACGGCGGCGCAGGCUUAUCCCCGGAGUAACGAACGGCGGGGAUUAUCUUCGUUGGAGUAGCGAAUGAUUUCUUCUUUUUCGUUCUCAAAGACCCCGGUUGCGUUAGACGAUCCUUGUAGAAUUAGCACGCACGUCUUCGACAAGUAUAAUAUAAAUUAAUCCUUUCAGUACAAAUUGCAAAAAUAUCUUCCAUCUCACUCUCUCCGAAAAUCACUACGCACUCUCUAAAAGUCAAAUCAGUGGGUUUGCACUGAAAACAGUGAAUAGUCACUGAUUUACACACUGAUAAAAAAUGUAUCUUAAUCCAAAAACAUAUUACUCUACUCAAGAAAACUAUUCAUUAGGCGGCUCCUAAUAGCUUAUUAACUUAAAUUAAAAAAAUAAUAAAUUAAAACGUGCCUUUCUUGA